ACAGCAACCACUCCACUGGGUAGAGUGGAUAGCUGCCUUUGAUUCUUGGAACCACUCACCAUUGAUCUGUUCGGUCUCUUAUGGAGGUUGAAGCUCACCCCGUUACGACUACCACUAUGGCUACCUUUUCCUUCAAAAACAGUUCUGAGUUUCUGAAGCCUGACUCCUCGGUGGAGGUGACUGACCAAGUGGCUGAAUGGGAAGCCGCCGGUGUUCCGUUGAGUCCUGCAGCUAAUUCGGCCGGAUGUCCCUAUUCGGCGGCAAUGAAAGUUCAGAAAGUUUAUCGGAGUUACCGUACUCGGCGCAUGUUAGCGGAUUGCGCUGUGGUUGCUGAAGAACUUUGGUGGCAUGUUUUAGAUUCUGCCCGAUUGAAUCAGAGUACAAUCUCGUUUUUCAACUACUUGAAGCGAGAGACAGCGGCGUCGCGGUGGAAUCGUGUCGGCCUGAAUGCUUCCAAGGUGGGGAAAGGUUUGUCUCAAGAUGCCAAGGCAAAAAAGCUGGCUUUUCAACAUUGGAUUGAAGCUAUUGAUCCGAGGCACCGUUACGGGCACAACUUACGCUUAUAUUAUGAAGAGUGGUGCAGAACAGAUGCUGGCCAACCCUUCUUCUACUGGUUAGAUGUUGGAGAUGGUAGAGAUGUUGAUCUUAUAGAGUGCCCAAGAGCAAAGCUUCGUCAACAAUCUAUCAAGUAUCUUGGACCAAAUGAGAGAGAGCACUAUGAAUAUGUUGUUGUUGAUGGAAUAAUUUUGCACAAGUUAACUGGCAAAGUUCUUAGUACAUUGCCGGGAUCAAAAUGGAUUUUUGUGAUGAGCACCUCUAUGAGACUCUACAUUGGAGAGAAAAAGAAAGGAUUGUUCCAUCAUUCUAGCUUUCUUGCUGGAGGAGCUACGUUAGCCGCUGGAAGGCUCGUAGCAGACGAAGGGGUACUUAAGUGUGUCUCAGCUUACAGCGGCCACUAUAAGCCAACAGAUGAUAACCUCGAUUGCUUUCUUAAAGUCCUCAAAAACAAUGGAAUCAACCUCGAUGAAGUAGAGAUACGCAAGGCAAACGACGACUAUGACACCUACGAUACUCAAAGUGUAUCUUCUACAGAUCUGGCAGCAUCUGAAGUUUCAAUAACAUCAGAUUCUGUAAUAUCCACUGAAGAUGAGAGCCUGCAUUCUGAAAAAACUCAACCUUCUAAGCCGGAGGUUAGAGUCGAGUACAAGAGGACCCUGUCUGGUGGCCUCCAUAGUCCCAAAACAGAUGUACCAAGGAAAGCCAUACUGCAUAGGAUCAACUCCAAGAAAGCUACAAAAUCAUACCAAUUGGGCAAUCAGCUCUCCAUCAAAUGGUCCACCGGUGCUGGCCCAAGAAUUGGUUGUAUUGCCGACUACCCGGUGGAGUUGAGGCUACAAGCAUUGGAGCUCACCAACCUAUCUCCAAGAUCUUACACUCCAACCAAGAUUCCGGCGCCAUACUAACAUCACCAGCUGCUUGAUGAUUCCGUCGUUGAAAAGAGAUCGAUGAUAAUAAGGCAUACGAUUGGACCUUGGUUUCUGACCAUCUUGCUGCUGUAUGUUGGCCUUUUUAUUCUGCUUCUUUAGCAUGUAUAGGUACUUCUACUAUCCUUCUUUAGCAUGUAGUUCUUGUCUUGUUGUUCUUGAGCAAAUAAUAGAUCCAAGUCCCGUUUUAA